AUGUCGGCACCGACCUUGGCCGGAGGGCUCUCCCUGUUUCCCAACACCAGCAACACCCCGAGACCGCCAUCUCGAUCCAGGGGCGCCGCUACACCACAGGAGGGGCCUUCUCCUUCGACCGAGACAACGCCGCCCCGCCCCGGAAGGCAAGUACCUGCGCGGAGGAAUUCAUCAGCUACCAGGGAGGGCAGGCAGAGGGCAGUGUCAAACAACCCGUGGCAGCACGCCCUCGAUGCUCGCCAGCACCAGCUCUCUGCCGAGAGCACGGCAGGCCCGUCCACCACCGCCGACCCUGUGAUAGAAACCACGACGCCUCAACCAGUGGCCGACGUUCCGCAGCGAUGCGAAACCGCCUUCUCCGAAGCCCAGACUCUUGUCCGGAGUCCAAGCCAGAGAUCCCGGAGCUCCAUCGCGAAACCACCAUUAGCCUAUGUGCCGGGAGAGUCUUCUUCCUCCGUGCCACCCGGGACGGCGAUUUCCGAGCCGCCAGCGCUCCGCUCUAUAUUCCCCCGGUACAAUCCUCAGCUUCCCCUGGACCGGCAGGAGUACUAUCCGACUCAAGCAAGCCCAACCCACAUUCCGCAAGCAGCAAUCAGCAGGCCGCUCUACUCCCCCCGGAGCGCCGCCGCCAACGUUGCCUCACCGAGCGACUCGCGCAGCCCGCAUGGUGGUGGUAAUGCCCAGGUACUCAGCCCUGCGCUGACGGCCAACUCUUCCAGCCGGUGGCCCGGCCUGGGGCAUCGGCACCCCGAGCCCGCCGCCAUCCCGCCCGUCAGCACGACCGAGGAGCUCCGCACGCUGUGGAAGGUGACCAACGGGUGGAGGGCGUCGUCACUGGAAGCGCGCAACUACUGCCUCAAGCUGACGGCCGCGCCCGACGCGCCCACCUACACCCUCUCGUCAGCAAGCAACCAGCCCUUUUACUGCCUGCGCAUCGACCCGACCUCGGCCUCGGCGCUCGUGUCGCUGUCGCGCUACGACCCCAACAAGCCCUUCAAACCCAACACAAGCAGCGCGGUAUUUGCCUCGUCGUCAGCAGCGGCAGAUCCUUCUUCUUCACCCUCCCUGCGCGCUUCGUCAUCUUCCUCCUCCAGCAGGCGUUCAGAGCAUCAACUGCAGAACGUCGCCCACAACCCCUCAACCACCUCGUCCAAGCACCAAAAGUACUGGCAAGAAGUCCUCGCCACCACCCUCGAGCCAAGCGCACUUUCUAUCCGCAGACAUCAACCCCAACCCCAACCGCCACCGCAAUCCCCAUCAGAAGCACCCGGAGAAAACCCAAACGACGGACUAGUAGCCGCCCUCUGGCCAGCCGCUGCCGCCCGCCUAGUCGCCGACCGCUCCAACGACGCGACCACCGUAGCCCUCGCACAAGCCGAGUCUGCACGGCUAGUCUGGGACGCCGAUACGGGAAAUCACUACCUGGUGCACCCGGCGCUGGCGGUGCCGUUUUGCGUGACGUGCGAGCGCCACCCGGCCUUCUCGCGCACCGAGUACGCGCUCGAGCAUCUCGAAUCCCCGCAGCACCUGGCCCGAUUGACGCUCACCCAGGGCCAGCAGGGCGGCUGGCUCGAGGUUGAUACGAAUGUCGCCCGCCAGGUGCCAGAUGCGGUGUAUCUCGUGGAUGUGGCUGUUGCGGCGCUGCUGAUUGUAGCGCAUCUUGAUGGUCAUAUUAACGGCGGGGGUGGUGCGGGUGGUGGGUUUAUGGGGGGUGGAGGGGUCGAGGUUUUUGAACCGCCGCCUGUUGUGCCCGCGGCCGGGGAUGGGUCGUUGUUUGGGCUUGGGCGGGGAAGUGAGGAUGGCGGCAGGGGCAGCCGGUUGAGUAGGGCGAGUAGGGCUAGUCGAAGGGAGGCUAAGAGGGGCAAAGGGGGGACGGUCAAGAAGAAGAAGAGGAUGGAGCAGUUUGAGAUUGACUUGGAGAGUCAGAGCAGCGGAUUCGCGGGCAAGAUGGGCGGCGGGCAGGCGGGGGAGAAGGACAAGAUUCCCGGCGUGGCCAGGGCGCUCAUCGGCUUGCUGACCGUUACGCUCAAGUGCUUUGUGUGGUGCGCGACGCUGGCGUUCAGGGCGCUCAUGGCCAUCUUGUCCGGCCUGGCGAGGUGUUGCGGCGCGGGCAAGCUAUGA